CCUGUCCCGGCUUCUCCCUCACGCGGCUGCAGCGGCUCGACAGCAAAGUAUCCUGCGACCCUUACUGUAGCAAUGGGCGAGCGGCACCAGUGAAGACGUAGACAACCGCGCCUCUUCCCCAUCUACCGAUUCGGGAAUGAAACUAAACGGUAGCCGUGGAGGGGAAACUAGUUUUAAAAUGUUGGCGGUUUCGGAAAGAUAGAUUUGUGCCGAGAAGCCUAUUUGAGGUUGUUUACGUGAGGAGACGAGUUCGAGUCAAGCAUGCAGAAAAUCUUCGCUAAACUGGCUUUUGACAGACUAGAAGUUCCUGUUGGUUGUGUUAUUGUGGAGAAUGGCUUGGUGAUUGCCUCUGGGAGCAACCGAACAUCUGAGACAAGGAAUGCAACCAGACAUGCAGAAAUGGAAGCCAUUGACAUACUAAUGGAACAAUGGCAAAUGGCUGGACUGAACUGCUUACAAGUCGCACAAAGAUUUUCUUCAUGUGAUCUUUAUGUGACAUGUGAGCCGUGUAUAAUGUGCGCAGCGGCAUUGUCCAUUCUUGGUAUUAGGGAAGUUUAUUAUGGUUGUGCUAAUGACAAAUUUGGAGGGUGUGGUUCUAUCUUGUCUUUGCAUGAAGGCGCUUCACUUGAAUAUUCCAGCACCUCUUCUGGAACACGGUCCUUUAAAUGCACUGGAGGGAUUCUUUCAGCAGAAGCUGUAGCUCUUCUACGUAGUUUUUAUGAACAAGGGAACCCUAAUG